AUCGGUGCUAGGUCUGACGUGCGUAAAGUGUGCAAGGAUGUGUGUGGGGUGGAAGGCGGAAGCUACUUCUUUACUUUUUUACGUCAUAGUUGUGCGCGCAAAAUGAUUACGUCAAAACGCACUUCCUUUUCUUUUUCCCAUUUGCAAAGUAUUAGUGAAAAUCAACGUUCAACUUUAAUUUUUUUCACUUCCAAUCUUAUUUGUGGCUAAUAACUUGAGACAAUAAGCCGAAACCAGUUUUCAAGAUGUCUGGCAACCACGCAAUGUCUCGAGAACUGGAUCAGGUAAUUGACCAGUACCGGGGCAGACUGCGGUCAGUGGCCGGUCUGUGGACACAGAUGACCCAGCUAGGCUUCUGUGACGUCAGCAUCCCCAAGAGCACGGAGGACAUGACCAGGCGGCUGGAGGGUGCCGUGGCUGAACUCAUGGAGAAGGAGGUCAAGGUCGAGAGGGCAAGACAGUGUGUCCUCAACCUUGGCCUGGUUUUAGCUACACAACCACAGACAAUGGCACGAGGAAGAGCUGCAGACCAAACUGUUCCUGUCUACUCGCAGCAAGGAGAUCAAACAUCGCCUGGCUUACUACAGAGGACUCCUGCGUCGCCUGGAGCGUUCUGGGCGGAGCGAAGACGGGGAGGAGGAGCCAGAGGAGAGGGCGGGGCUAGGCCGUCAAUCAGACAACUUCCUUGUUGACGGCUCACCAGGCGUGCAGGCUAAGGAGGUAGAGCAGUACUUGAGCCACCAGUUCGGCAUGCGUGUGUUGGCGGACUACACCAUGCUGAGGCGACUCAAGGAGGAAAUUGGUGUACAGGGCUUGGCAUACCUGGUGGAGAAGAUUAGACUACAGGGAGGAGGGCAGAUCCCGCCAAACGUGGCCCACAGCCCGUCCUGUAAUGACUGGGAGGAGAGGAGGGUACAGCAGGCGCUGCUCAAUAUUGCUCUGGAGUACAGAGAACAAGGCGAGAACAAGCGACUCCUUCGUGUGCCGGGUCUCUGCCUCACCCCGUCCACCGACUCUGUGGACGGCGAGGUGGGCGUGGCGGGUGCGGGUGCGGGGCACAUCAGGGGGCGUGUCCAGGGCGGGGAGGAGCGCAUGGGGUCCCCGUCCAUCGCCUCCAGCACCAGCUCGCGCGUGACCGCUCACAGCACGGCCACAGACAGCAGUCUCGUCUCCGGCUCCUCGGGCAGGCGCGGCUCCAACAACUCGCUCCGGAGAAAGUCCUCGCUGGCGCGCAUUAAGAAAUUCCUCAAGUUUUAG